CAUAACAUUAACAUUCGUGACACUUGACACGGUUCGAUGUUUUGCGAUGCUAAUAUUGCGAUGCCAAAAGGGCAGACUAACCGCAGGCUCGGGCGUUUCGUCUGGUAGUUGCCCUAAGCAUCCCACCUUUUCGCCUACUAGCCCGUAGUCGUCCUUCGCCUUGAUGGACACCCGAACGGAGCCAGGUUGAGUAGAUGCGAACGAUACCUCCUAUACGCUUUUCUCUCAACAUACAUACCGAGCCCGUAUCCCAAGACAGCGAAAGGAGAGUCCAGAUGCAUGUCUUAUAUCGAGUACCGUCGAACACCUGCUCAUAAAAUCAACCGACUGGCUCUACUUGCCUCCGUCCGCUAUAUGUCCGUCCGCCUAUAGACGUGUUAACCUAGCAACCUGUUAACCAGCAACACCCAUCUAUCAACCAGGCGACGGCGUAUUAAACAGCCAACAUGCCAUCAAUCAAAUCUAUAUACUAGCCUUGCCGUGUCGGCUGCUCAUUCACCACUCCUCCCAUCUCGACUUACCUACCUCUUCCUCAUCAUCAACACGUCCACACAGUGCCUUCUCCGUAAAUCCUAUUGUGUUUCAUCCUCCAGCCCCCUUUUCUUUUCAUCCUUCUUCUCUCUUGCGCAGUAGACCUUAUGUGCCCUAUACUAAUCAACUAACUCGAUCUCGAAGUCAUCUCUCCCGGGGCGCCGACAGGAUGUGCCUGCAGCUCCUUCACCAAACGCUCUGUCACACGCCCGACUGCUCGGCGGUCUUGACGUUGAGGACGCGUAACCGAUACUGCGUUGCGGCACGGCCCGCACGACGCCUCGGGUGCUGCUCUGAGGGCCUGCGGAACCGCACCGUGCCGACACGCGAGCGCGACCCGCAGGGCCUCUGCCGCGCGUGCCGGCUGCAGCAGCGCGGGACCGCCGAGGACGAGCACCCCCCACCAUCACCCUCGUCGCCGCCGCCGCCCUCGAAGAAGAGUCGGACGAGCGGCGCUGGCACCCAGUCCGACUCCAAGGCCGAGAGGGCCAAGGCGGCUGAGAAGGUGAUGAAGAGGAGCCUGGGCCGCGGUGUCAGGAGGUGGCGGCGCCCCCCGCACAUUUUUGAGAACGUCUUCGCGCGCCCGCUUGUGAAGCUCGAGAGGGAGGCGGCGCGUGAGCGUCUAGCAGCCGCCCGCACCCGCGCCCGCAACCAGAAAAGGGCGGCGCGCUCCAAGAAGAAGGGCAAGAAGCAGGAAACGGACGAGGACGAGGACGAGGAAACAGAGUCCCCGGAGAGCAAGAGCCGGGGCAGCCAGGCGAAUGAGACGGAUACGGAAGACGGAGACGAGCCACAGGAAGUGGAGAUCCUAGCCGUUGAGAGCCCCGAACACAGCGACGGCGAGGCCAGCGAGCGCCACGAAGCUGAUGGCGCCCAGCCCAACACGGGCGACGACGUGCCCCCAUACCUGCGGGCGCAGCGCCUCUACCGCCACUUCUUUGACGGCCCAGGCUCGCUCGAGACCAACCCGUACGGAUUCCCCAGCGUCAGGCCGGCGACCGUCGUGGCCGUAAUCUCCGCGCCCCCCCCCUCAGCGCCAGGCACGCCAGCGACGAGCUCAGACGUCUCAUCCAGGUUCCCAGCGACCUCGACAAGCUCAGGCGCCUCGUCCGGGUUCCCGCCGCCAUCGACGCCCUCGGGCCCACGCAGCGCCUCGUCGCACCCCUACGCCUCGUCCUCGACGCUCGUCGUGACAACGUCGUCGUCGUCGUCGGGCCGCUCGCGCGGACGCCCCGGCAACCACCAUCCUGGUGCGUGGGAGAACAGCGAGGGGGGCGAAGACGCGGCCGCCAACGACUCGCCGAGCCUUCGCCGUCGUGCCAGCAAAUGAGCCCCGGUCGCUCCAGCUGUCAGACAUACCCUACGCCGCCUCUCACCUGGCUACUCGUUCACUCGACCGCAUUACCCCUAGUCCAGUUCUCGCACCCCCACACGUAUACCCCGACCAAGCAAGCAAGCAAGCUAAUACCUUAGCCAGCUGGAGAGCACUACCGCUCUCGCAGCUCUCCCUCGUCGCCCUUAUUUUCUCAACCUCCCACGCCGCGAUAUAUAGAAGGGG